AUUGUGAAGGUCCACACCGGAACUGUGUCUGUGUAUAUCAGCUGGAGCUUGACGUCACAGGUGGCUGCAGCAACAAUAGCUGCGGGUCCGCGUGAGGAGUAGAAUCAGCCAGCUGAUCCGGACCGACCCAGAUCCGUCAGGAUGUCCUUCCAGGUCAAGAAGAGACCCGCGGGAGACUGUCUCCUCAUCAAAGGAGGAAAAGUUGUCAAUGACGAUCAGUCGUUCUACGCCGAUGUCUACAUUGAGGACGGGACUAUCAGGCAGAUAGGCGAGAACCUGAUUAUCCCAUCUGGUGUGAAGACGCUGGAUGCGUACGGUCAGCUGGUGAUCCCUGGAGGCGUAGAUGCCAACACCAACCUCCAGGCUCCGCAGAAAGGCCUGAUCCCGUGUGACGACUUCUACCAGGGAACCAAAGCCGCCCUUUCUGGAGGAACCACCACCAUCAUCGACCAUGUGUUGGUGGAGCCGGGGACUAGCUUGCUGUCAGCGUUUGAUCUGUGGAAGGAGACGGCAGAGCAGAGGGCGUGCUGUGACUUUUCCUUCCAUCUGGAUGUCACCAGGUGGCACGAAGGCCUCUACGAGGAGCUGGAGACGCUCGUCAAAGAUAAAGGGGUGAAUUCCUUCCUCUUCUUUAUGGCUUACAAAGACCGGUACCAGAGCUCCGACUCUCAGCUGUAUGAGGCGUUUGGGAUCCUCCGGGAUCUUGGAGCAAUUGCUCAGGUCCAUGCUGAGAACGGUGACAUCAUCGAUGAGGAGCAGAAAAAACUUCUCAGUGUGGGUAUUACUGGACCUGAAGGCCAUGUUUUAUCUCACCCUGAAGAGGUGGAGACUGAGGCAGUCUAUCGGGCCAUCACCAUCGCCAAGCAGGCCAACUGCCCGCUCUACGUUACCAAGGUGAUGAGCAAGUCUGCUGCUGAUGUUAUCGCCAAAGCCAGGAAAAAAGGUGUGGUUGUGUAUGGGGAGCCAAUCACAGCUGGCCUGGCCACUGACGGCUCUCACUACUGGGCCAAAGAUUGGACCACAGCGGCUGCCUUUGUGAUGAGCCCUCCCCUGAACCCGGAUCCGUCCACGCCGCAGUAUCUGACCUCUCUGCUAGCAUGUGGCAAUCUCCAGGUGACCUCCAGCGCUCAGGCCAGCUUCUCCACAGCUCAGAAGGCUGUCGGUAAAGAUGACUUCACGCUGAUCCCAGAGGGAACUAGUGGCAUUGAAGAGAGGCUGUCUGUGAUCUGGGACAGAGCUGUGUCCACAGGAAAGAUGGACGAGAAUGAGUUUGUUGCAGUGACGAGCACCAACGCUGCCAAGGUCUUCAACAUGUACCCACGCAAAGGAAGGAUUGCUGUUGGAUCUGAUGCUGAUAUUGUAAUUUGGAACCCAAAAGAGACUCUAACCGUUUCUGCCACAACUCACAACCUGACAUUGGAGGUAAACAUCUUGGAGGGUUUCGAGUUUCGAGGCGUUCCCACAGUAGUGAUCAGCGGCGGUCGGGUUGUUCUGGAGGACGGACAGCUCAACGUGACCGAAGGUUCUGGACGCUUUAUAGCAAGAAAGGCUUUUCCUGACACCGUCUACAAGCGGAUCAGAGCACGGAGCAAGAUGGCUGAGGCCCGUGGCGUUCCCCGCGGUAACUAUGAUGGUCCAGUCCAUGAUGUCAUCAGUGUGACCAAGUCAGUCCCACCAACUCCAACCACCAGGGGUCCUACGGGGACCAAAACCCCAACUGGCCCCCGAAACCUCCACCAAUCAGGGUUCACCCUGGCAGGGGCUCAGAUUGACGAUCACAUACCCCGUCGCUCUGCUCAAAGGAUUGUGGCGCCACCUGGAGGACGUUCCAACAUUACAUCUCUAUCUUAAUCCAUUCAUUUUCCAGCCAAGUGUUGAACAUCUGUUAGUCUAUGAUCCAGCUGAGUUCACUGAACACCCUACAGGUGGAGCCACCUGUAGGGUGUUCAGUGAACACCUGUAGGGUUCAGUGGGCUCUACAAGUGAAACCGUCUGACCCUAUAUGUAGUUUAACUCCAGAACUCCCCAGAACCUUCUGGGUCUCCUGAGCUCAAACUGACAACUUUAGUCCUGAAUGUAGCUGUCCCACCCAGAACCUCACCAUAGUGCUUAGUCAACCCCAUGUAACCCGGUACUAGACAGAACCGGUUCUGACCCGACAGUUCUGAAGCCCUCCACAUCAGCAGCGACAUAACCGGCCUGACGAGGAAGAUGUCUUUAUCUUACUUAGUGACAUCACAGUAAUAUGAGUAAUGCUGACAUAAAACGCCAAUCAAGCAGAACAUUAUGACCACAUUGGCCUCUCAAAAUACUUCCAGCUAUCUGGGAGAUGAAUGAUGCCAGCCAGCCCGCCUGUGGUUGACCCCUGACCCCCCUGGUGAGGUAGUCACAGCAUUGCAUCAGCUGACUUGAAGGGGCAGGCUGGCCUCCCAGGUCAAAGCUAGCCUUGUGGUCAGAACCAGGCUCGGUUCUGCUGCUGUUCUAAUCAGUCUGGACCUCAGUUCGACUCCACUGUCCAAACACAAGGCUGCUUAACCCCAAGUCAGAAUUCUAGAUGGAGGGUAUUUUGGGUUCUGUGGCAGUACCACCCCACAGGUAGGACCCUAAGACCAUCUUCCUGGUCAUGUGACCAACAGCUCAUGGUUCCAGUGUAAUCAGAUGCAGCCUUUGUAGCAGUAAUUGGAUAACUUUAGAUGAUUGAGAACCACAGUCCAUCUUCAGAUGGUUUUGGCUGUUUGAGUCAUGUAGCAACUUCAGAACCUGGUUCUGUAGACCAGAGUUGUUUUCUCUGACUGUUGAUACUGCUAGCACAGCUCUAGCUGAUCAUUAGCAUCCACACAGAAGGCCUGGAAUCAAAUACUGAGGGCUUUUAAUUUGAAAGAGCAUGUCUCAGAGAAAGAGGUCACAGUCAGAGUUGUUGACAUCAUGUGACUCUGCAGCAUGUGAUGUCACAUUCACAUUUUUAAUGUAGCGUUUUCUAAGACUUUGUCUUAAUUUUGUAUUUUUACUCCUUUUUGUACCUUGGCUGUGAUUGGUUCAAUGUUUGGGUCAAGAGUUACAUUUGUCUUCUUAAGAUGAUCUGUUUUUGAUGUCAACGACUGGAUCCACUUUUAUGAGACCCACCAACCCAGACCCGUUCCAGUCCAGGUUGCACCGAGUACGACCAGCAUCGUCAGAACAGUUUUAUGCUAACUGAAAUCAGUCUGUAAAACAAGGCAACCAUUGGCUAGACAUUAAGGUGGGCGGAGCCACCAGCUUCACCUUGCUGUUCAAAUACCCAACCUGAUCAAUGGCACCUCAAUGACCACACCCUCCUAUUUUCACUCAAUAGGUAGCAUCAGUGUUAGCAUCACU